AAUUUAUACUAAUGUUAUAAAGCUGAAGAACCUUCAGGAAGUACUGGACCGAUUUAGAAAAAUAUUUCAGUGUUAGAUAGCCCACUAACCAAGGAAGGCUGUAUGCGUUUACACGAUGCUCAAUCCGCAACAAAUGAAAAGGCGACGCAAGAAAAUGAUUUUGAUAUUCUCGUAUUCUCCCAAGAGUGGCCCGUGACGGUGUGCAAAUUCUGGCAGCAAUUGAGCCCUGGAGGCCAAUGCGUAUUUCCUGAUAAGGAAGACCAGUGGACAGUCCAUGGUAUUUGGCCUUCGAAACUGGGUCAAAAAGGCCCGGGUUUCUGCAACGACUCGUGGGCGUUUGAACCUGAAUUUGUGAAAGUGCUUGAACAGGAUUUGGAUCAAGUGUGGACAAAUGUGUAUAAAGAGACCGACCACUACAGUUUCUGGGAGCACGAAUGGGACCGACAUGGUACCUGUGCGACAACCCUACAACCCUUCGCUACUCCGCACAAAUUCUUCAGCAAAGCCAUAGAAUGGCACCGAACCUAUUUCCUAACAGACAUGCUCGAAGCUGCUAAUAUAUACCCAUCAGAUGACGAGGAAAUAUAUGCAGAUAAUAUAAUUAAUGCUGUUAAAGCUGAUACAGGGAAAGAUCCCAUGGUUGUCUGCAAACAUUAUGAUGGGGUCCAAUUUUUAGAGGAGAUACGGAUCUGUUUUGAUAAAGAGCUAAAUGUUAUCGAUUGUUCUCCUACUGUUUAUAAAACUUGUGAUGUUACUCGAGGGAUUGUUUUCCCUGCUAGUCCAUAA